UUGAAUUUAUUGAAGGUAAAGGAAGAUGCCAACUCGGCAUCUAUUUAAACCAAAGGCUCCAGAUUUCGUUAUCCGUUUCCCAACGGUACCAACACCUUGAUCUCAAACUUCCAUGGCGUCUUCCCUCUCCUCAACGUUGCUCCCGCUCGGUUCAGCUUCUGGAAUACACCAAGGAAUUUCCAGUGAUAAAAUACGAUCUCUUGUCGUGCGCUGCAUGAAUGCCAAUAUCAGUGCGAAAGAAUGGAGGAUGAAAGAGUACGCUAAGGAAUUCAAUUUGACUGGAAGAAGAGAGAUGAUUGGUUUAAUUUGUGGAACGUCAAGUCUCGUUAUAGAUGCUCUAAAUGCCAAGGCAGCUGGUUUGCCUCCAGAGGACAAGCCAAGAUUAUGUGACGAUGCCUGCGAGAAAGAAAUUGAAAAUGUUCCUAUGGUCACGACUGAGUCUGGUUUGCAGUACAAGGACAUCAAAGUUGGUGGAGGUCCUAGUCCUCCUAUUGGAUUUCAGGUAGCUGCAAACUAUGUUGCAAUGGUUCCAUCUGGACAAAUCUUUGACAGUUCACUUGAGAAGAAUCAGCUUUAUAUCUUUCGAGUUGGAUCUGGUCAAGUAAUCAAAGGUCUUGAUGAAGGGAUUUUAAGCAUGAAAGUCGGAGGAAAGCGUCGACUUUACAUUCCCGGACCUUUGGCAUUCCCAAAAGGGCUCACAUCAGCUCCAGGAAGGCCAAGGGUGGCUCCAAAUAGCCCUGUGGUAUUUGAUGUCAGUCUUGAAUACAUACCUGGCCUUGAAGAAGAUGAAGAGUGAGUAGCUAUACAAUAAUCUCUUUUAAACUCUUCAUUCCUUUUCUUUGGUUUUCAUUUACAUUCAGCCCAGAAAACCAAAGGAAAAGCAAGCUAGAAAUUUGUAUAUGAUGAGAAAACACUUGCUGCCAUGCUUCAAUUUUCCCCUGCCUUGUUGUGAGUAGAAUUUGAUGAGGAAAUAUUUAGACCAUUUGGGUUUAUGUAUAUCUUUCUUCACUUUGAUCUAGAACUCUCUUCCUAUGAACCACCAUUUCUAUGAUUUCAAAAAUGGAAAUUCAAUUUCCAAUCUCAUAAUAUUUUACCCAAUAGGUGGUAAAAUGAUAACUUUUGACCUCAAA